CCGGGGUAACGCUGAAGGAGUUGAUCCAAGAUGGCGAAAACACACCGUAAAAAACAAUAAUGUCGUUUUUUUGCUAAAUUACAACGCAGGCACGGUAAAUUACCUGCUAUUUAUUUAACACGAUUAUCCUUCGAACACAAGCCUAUGAGCCAAGAUGGAGGAUGAAGAAACAACGUUGGCUUUGAUAAGAUGCUAUUGCUAUGAAAAGUAUUUCAACCACGCCGUGAACGCUUCAGCCGCAGCUCAGAAGAAAUUCGACAAUGAUCCCAUCUAUACUUUUUACCAUGCAUACGGCACCCUGAUGCAAGGUGGGCUUGAGAGAAAUCAAAUUCAAGAAGCCUCAAUGGAGUUGGACACGAUACGAGACAGUCGAGACGUGUCUCUCUGCACGCUGAUGGCUCUCGUCUAUGCAGAGAAAAAAAAGACAAAUCCGGAGAGAGAAGUCAUCCAAGAACUCGAUGCCAAGGUCAAGGAGGAUCGAAAAAGUGCAUCUCCCAAGAGUCUGUACUACGCUGGGAUGUUUCUCUGGCUAUUAGGGCGAAAUGAUAAGGCAAGAGAGUACACAGAGAGAAUGAUUAAACUCUCCAGUGGCUCUAGAGAGGGGAUGAUCCUAAAAGCCUGGAUAGAUGUGACAUCUGGUAAAGACGCCUACGCCAGAAAGGCUGGAAAGUACUUUGAUGAGGGACUGAAAGAGAAGGCAGAUGUUUUUGCUCUGAUGGGAAAGGCCCAAUACUAUGAAUAUCGUCAGAACUACUCCGGAGCGUUGGAGAUAGUCAACAAGGUCAUCGUUAGUUUUCCUGGUUUCUUGCCUGCACUCACCAAGAAGAUGAAACUGUUGCUCAGCCUUCAAGACUGGGAGCAAACCAUGAAUGCAUCACACAGGAUUUUACAGAAGGAUACAAAUAAUUUGGAGGCGCUACGGAUGCUGGCUCUACAUUCUUUAUGUAGAGAUGGAGAUAUUACUGAGUCGGUAAAGCAGCUUUCAAACCUCAUCGGCAGCAUUGAGCUCCUGGAACCACACAACCCAGAGCUCUUCUACAGGAUGUCUCUUGCCUUCACCCGGGUUUGUGGACGGAAUGAGAAAGUUAUUGGACAGACGUUUAGGAUGGUGGAAAGAGCCUUCUCUGUGGCAUCAGGGGACUCCGAUCUAGCCACGGAGUUGGGCUACCAGAUGGUGCUUCAGGGCAGAAUCAAGGAGGCCAUGAAGUGGUACAAGACAGCCAUGGCUUUGGACGAGACAAGUGUCUCUGCUUUGACUGGGAUAAUUCGUUGCCAGUUGAUAGAGGGCCAACUUGAAGAUGCAGAACAACAGUUAGAAUUUCUCACAGAGAUUCAACAAUCUAUUGGAAAAUCAGGGGAGCUACUUUACCUACGUGCUCUGCUGGCGGUUAAAAAGCGCCGCUCCCAGGAAGAGGUGACAAAUCUGCUGAAUGAUGCCGUGGACACCCACUUUUCCACUCUGCAGGGCCUACCUCUGGGAGUGGAAUACCUUGAGAAGCUGAACCCGGACUUCCUAUUGGAGAUUGUCAAAGAGUAUCUUGCAUUGUGUCCUGCUAAGCCUCCAGCACAGGGCCAGCCUCCGGCUCCCCAGCUUCAGCACUGUGCCACCUUGUUGGAUACUGUAGUCAAGAUUGUACCAGGUCUCCCCGAAGGUGUUUUCCUGCUAGCAAAAGUCAGAUAUCAGUCUGGUGACGUUUUAGCUGCUCAGAGCAGUCUACAACGUUGUCUGGACCAGUGUCCUUCCUAUGCAGAUGCUCAUCUGCUAAUGGCACAGAUUCAUCUGUUGCAGGGUAACUUCCCAUUGUCUUCCCAGUCUCUUGAGCUCUGCCUCAGCCAUAACUUUGAGAUACGAGAACAUCCCUUGUACCACCUGAUCAAUGCUCAGGCGAAGAAGAAAAUGGGUGAGCUGACGGAGGCUAUUCAGACACUGCAGAUGGCCAUGAGUCUUCCAGGUAUCCGCAGAGCUGGAUCCUCCAAAUCCAAGAACAAGAAGAUUGUGCUGAGUCCUGCUGACUGCGUCUCUGUCUUCUUGGAGUUAGCUGAGGCCCUGUGGCUCAACGGAGAACAGCAUGAAGCAGCAAAGGUGAUGCAAGAUGCCAUCAAUGAGUUCUCGGGAACGCCUGAGGAGCUGCGUGUCACCAUUGCCAAUGCGGACUUGGCCCUGCUGCGAGGAGAUACGGAGCAGGCACUGAGUAUGCUCCGAAACACUACCCCCGAGCAGCCAUACUACAUCCAAGCCAAGGAGAAAAUGGCAUACAUAUAUCUGAACCACAGGAAAGACAAACGUCUGUAUGCCAGCUGUUUCAGGGAAAUGGUAGAGAAGAUGCCCAGCCCAUACACAUACCUCUUAUUAGGUGAUGCCUACAUGAACAUUCAAGAACCUGAGAAGGCCAUUGAGGUUUAUGAGCAAGCUCUGAAGAAAAACCCCAAAGAUGGUGCCCUAGCCAGCAAAAUUGGGAGAGCCCUGGUCAAGACUCAUAACUACGUGAAGGCAAUAAAUUACUAUGAAGCAGCCCUGAAGACGGAGCAGCAGAACUUCCUGCGCUACGACCUGGCUGAGCUGCUGAUGAAGAUGAAGCAAUACCCGCGCUGUGAGGGAGUUCUAAAUGAAGCUUUGGCCCAUGAAUCAGUGAGCGAAGUGCUGGCGCUCUCAGAUGAUUGCCGCUCUCUGGUGCUGUUGGCAAAGGUCCAAAACAAGGUGGACAAAAUCGAGGAAGCUUUACUCUCCCUGCAAAGAGCCCGGGAUGUGCAGGCCAAGGUGCUGAAGCGGGUGCAGUUGGAGCAGCCCGACGCCGUCCCCGCGCACAAACAGCUCGCCGCCGAGAUCUGCGCUGAGAUCGCGAAACACUACACAAGUCAGAGGGGCUAUGAGAGGGCGGUCAAAUUCUACAAAGAAGCUCUUGUGUAUUGUGAGACCGAUCGCAAGGUGAUGCUGGAGUUGGCCCGGUUGUACCUCACUCUAGGUGAGGUUGACGCGUGCCAGGAGCAGUGCAGCGUCAUUUUGAAGAAAGACCAGUUUAACGAAGACGCAACUCUGAUGAUGGCUGACAUAAUGUUUAGGAAGCAGGACUACGAGAAGGCCGUCUUCCACUUCCAACAACUCCUGGAGCGCAAACCAGACAACUACCCAACGCUGUCGCGUCUCAUUGACUUGUUGAGGAGGGCCGGCAAGUUAGAAGAAGUUCCCCGAUUUAUUGACAUGGCAGAAAAACAUUCAUCCAGGACUAAAUUUGACCCUGGGUUCAACUACUGCAAAGGGCUUUAUCUGUGGUUCACAGGACAACCCAAUGAAGCUCUGCGGCACUUCAACAAAGCAAGGAAAGACAACGAUUGGGGUCAAAACGCUGUGUACAACAUGAUUGAAAUCUACCUAAACCCUGACAAUGACACCAUGGGAGGAGAAGUGUUUGAGAAUUUAGAUGGUGAAAUAGGGAAUUCCACGGAGAAGCAGGAGUCCGAGCAGCUCGCCGUGAGAACAGCGGAUAAGCUGCUGAAGGAGUUAAAGCCCCAGACACCAGGAGGACACACACAACUCCGCAUCCUGGAGAACUACUGCUUUCUGGCCACUAAACAAAAGGCCAAUGUGGAGAAAGCUCUUAGUGUUUUCACAGAGAUUGCAAACAGUGAAAGUGACCACGUACCGGCACUCUUGGCCAUGGCGACAGCUUAUAUGAUGCUGAAACAGACUCCCCGAGCCAGGAACCAGCUCAAACGCAUCGCCAAGAUGAACUGGAGCCUCAUCGAUGCCGAUGAGUUUGAGAAGAGCUGGCUGCUCUUGGCGGACAUCUACAUCCAUUUGGGGAAGUACGACAUGGCCGGGGACCUGUUGAAGAGAUGCCUCAAUCAUAACAAGUCAUGCUGUAAGGCUUACGAGUAUCUGGGCUACAUAAUGGAAAAGGAGCAGGCAUUCCGUGAUGCAGCUCUUAACUAUGAACUGGCUUGGAAAUAUGGAAAUCGAACUAACCCAACUAUUGGAUACAAGCUGGCUUUCAACUACCUAAAAGCAAAGAGGCAUGUUGAUGCCAUAGAUGUGUGUCAUAAGGUUUUGGCUGCUCAUCCAAAUUAUCCCAAAAUGAAAAAGGAAAUCCUCGACAAAGCUCGUUGUGCCCUGAGAUCGUAGUGUGUGUGUUUGUGUGAGAAAGAGAAAGUUAAUGCUUCUGUAAUAAAAUGUUACUUAUAUAUA